AUGUCCAGUUGUGAAUCGUAUUUGGAUAAGAAGGAGGAUUUAGCCAUCGGUCGUGGGUUAACUGAAGAUUAUACUGAAGACAACAACAACAACAAUGACGACGACAAUGAUGAUGACACCAACAACAACAUCAACAAUAACAUUAGCAAUAACAACAACAUCAACAACAACAUCAACAACAACAAUUGCGAUGACAUCAACAACAACAACAUCAUAGUCAAUACUACAAUUGAUUUAAUAAUUCAAAAGAACAACGACAAUAAUAAUAAUAACAAUAAUAAUAACAAUAAUAAUAUUAAUAAUAAUACUAUAGACUAUAAUUGUGAUGAAAGCAAUGUUAAUGUUUUCUUUUGGGAGGAUAAAAUUAUUGAUAACAACAACAAUGAUGUACUUAGUAGCAACAACAACAACAACAACAACAAUAAUAAUAACAAUGGUAAUAAUAAAAAUAACAGUAAUAACCACGAUGACAAUAAUAUCAUGAAGAGCAGUGAUUACAACUACAACAAUGACAAUAUCAUUGCAAAUGAUAAUCAUAAUAAUGAUGAUGAUUGUGAUUUGUUAAUAAUCAGCAAAAACAUCAACAACAUCAACAACAACACCAUCAACAUCAACAGCAACAACAUGACUGGCAAUAUCACUAAUAUGACAUUAAGAUUAAACACGUCUCAACAUGACUCGGAGAUUGUUGUUUCUGACAGCAACAGCAAUAACAUCAAUAACAACAAAAAUGACGUCAUCUUCAGCAACAAUAACAACAACAACAACAAUAUGAUGAACUAUGAAAAUGAUGACGACGAAGACGACGAUGAUAACUUUGUCAUUGACGAACAAGCUAAUGAUUAUGACAACGAUGAUGAUAAUAAAGAUGAUGGAGUGGAGACAAUUUUUGUGAGUAAUAACAACAAUAACCAUGAUAAAAACGGCAUUAUCUUGUAUCAUCAGAAAGGUACCAGACAACAAUCGCCACAACGGCCACAACAACAACAGCAGCAGCAACUACAGCAGCAGCAACAGCCACAACAACAACAGCCACAACAGCAAAUAGUCAUUGAUGUUGACAAUGACGUGAUAUGUUACGACCCAAAUGAUAACAUAUUUAAGAAAAAUUCUGUUACUUCUACUACUACUACUACUACUUCUUCUACCACCACUACUACUACUACCACUACUACUACUACCACUAUUACUACUGCUGCUAGUACUACUGCUGCUUCUACUACUGCUGCUGCAACUACUGCUGCUACAACUCCUACAAACAAUACUGUUUCUAUUAUUAAGAAUAGCAUCAUGGCGGUUACUUCGAGCAACACUCCGAUCUAUAGGAAUCAUAAUAAUACUACAACAAACGCAUUUACUGUUAGCAGAAUUAGUAACGCGCCCAUUUGCCUUGGCAGUCUGAGUAGCAGCAGUGGCCUGAAUAGGAGUGUUGUAAGUAGUAACAAUGCGGUGAUAACUAUCAAUGAUAACAAAUAUAAAGCAUUCAGUGGUAAUGUGAUCUCCAUACUGCGACCACCAUCGUCAGUGUCGCCGUCGUCAUCAUUUUCUUCCUCUUCAUCACCUUCACAGUUACUGAAUUUGCGGUCAUCGUCGUCAUCAUCAUCAUCAUUAUCAUCGUUAUUUCACAUAACAUCGUCGUCGUUGUCAUCAUCAUCAUUUACUCCUCGACCAAUCAUAAUCGCUCCAAUAACUUCACCCAACCAAUCAUCAUCUCCUAUUAACUCGACUUCUACAACUAAUUCCAGCUCGCCAUUUUCUUGCUUAACCACUUCCGAUCAGAGUGCUUCUUCCGGUCAAAAUGCCACUUCCGGUCAGAACGCCUUUUUGGGUGGAAAUUUAGCUCGCCAGCAGUCGUGGAUUUGCACGCUCUGCUCUCUGAAGUACAAACGUCCAGCUGACCUGAAUCGCCACAUGAAGCGCAAACACGGAUUGUCUCUUAUGAAAAAUGAUAAAAAUGUUCUGGUGCCUAUCGUCGUGCCUACGUCACUUCCUCCUGGACAGCAGCCCCAACAGCAGCUGAUUCAGCAACCACAGCAGCAGCUGAUUCAGCAACCACAGCAGCAACUGCUUCAGCAACCUCAUCAGCAACAGCAAAUACAAUUCAUUCUCCCAUCAGUGGAAUCAUCAUCCGCAGCUCUACUCUCUGGACAACUAGAUAUGUCUGCGUCUGUCUGUAGCUACAACAACAAUGGUAAUAAUAAUAAUAAUAAUAAUAAUAAUAAUAACAAUGAAAACGGCGACAGUGCGCAUUUCUUCCCGAUGUUGCAUUCAUCAUCGCCAUUAUCACUUCCGAUUUUCUUCCAGCCAUCAGCAGCUCACAGCCACCAUCCACAUUGCUACCAUCUCGUCGAGCAUCAUGAUGAACAAAUUAUUUCAAACAAGACAUCAUCAUUUUUAUCAUCAUCGUCGUCAUCGUCAUCAGCAGCUACAAUCAUAUCAUCACCAUCUUCAUCAUCCUGUCUUUCUCAACAGCAGCAUGAUUAUAAUGAUCUGAUCAACAAGAGCAUCGUCACAAACAGCAGCAACAACAACAACAAAGUUUUUGUUACCAACAACAACAACAACAACAACAACAACAUCAACUUGAACAACUUAAUCGACAUCAACAACAACGACACAAAUUGCGCAUCGACGAAUGCUACAGCAUCAAAUCUUUCCAAUGGCGACAAAGUAAAAUUAGAAACAGACGACAACAACAACAACAGUAACAGUCAUAACAUUAUCAACAGCAUCAACAACAACAUUCAUAACAUCAACAACAACAUCAACAUCAAUGACAUCAUCAGCAACAACAUCAGCAACAGCAGUUGUUUUUAUGAAGACAACUCAGACCAGCCAUUAAACCUUAGUUUGAAAAGCAUCUACAACGACAGAAACAACAACACGAUGGACAUUUCAAAUUACUCGCCAGAUGGCCUGGACCCCCUUGAUUUAACGAUAAAGUCUCCAGUAAAAUGCGCCCCUAUCGAUUAUCGUAAGAAAACUUCAAACGUAACUGCCGAUAAAUCAUCCUCUGCUUUGAGGUAA